AUGAGUGAGAUCGGUAAGAAGGCUAGACCAUCUACUAAGGGUGGUUCUCUACACACAAGUGGGGCUCAAAGUCAAGGAAGUACAAGGAGGAAAUUGGAAAAGGAACUAGGAAGAUUGGUAGCUCAGACUGAGGCAUUCAAGGCAACACACAUAAGAAAGAAGAAAAAUCUCAAAGAUCCAGACAUGUGGGUUGAGCCGCGAGCUGAAUUGACCUAUAAUCGAUAUCUUCAAGUUUUGGAGGAUUUACGACAAACUUAA